CCACUAAAGAAGGAGGCAGCCAUGGCAGGCCUCUGUGUGUUGCUGCACGAACCGGUUUCAGGGUUGCACCACAAAAUGGCCGCCUCCAUUCUGUGAGAAGGAAGGAAGAGUCCUGAGCUGGACCUCGCCGUUCUGCUGCCUCUGGACCUUACUGUCGCCAUUUGGAGGCUGGGGGUUGCUGGGACCAUGUUUGCCAAAGCCUUCAGGGUGAAAUCCAACACGGCUAUCAAAGGGUCUGAUAGGAGGAAACUGCGAAAUGAUGUUGCAGCAACAUUUCCAUCCCUCACUUCUGAACAGUUAUCUGAGGUUGUCCCAAAUAAAGAGGAGUUGAAUAUUAUUAAAUUAUACACUCACAAAGGAGAUGCUGUCACAGUUUAUGCCAACGUCAAGAAUCCAAUCCUUUUUGAAGUGGAGAAGACAAUGUAUCCCACAGUGUACACCUUGUGGUCUUAUCCUCACAUUCUCCCUGCUUUUUCCACGUGGCCACCUGUGUUGCAUAAACUAGCUGGAGGAGCAGAUCUAAUGCUCCCAGGGGUUGUAGUGCCCUCUUGUGGUCUUCCUGAGGUAGAUCGUGGUACGCUGUGUGCUGUUACUUUGGCAAGAAACAGUGCCCCUGUUGCCAUUGGAAUAGCUAACAUGUCCACUGCAGAAAUGGUGGCAGCUGAAAUGAAAGGAAAAGGCUUCACAGUGCUUCAUACCUAUAUGGAUCACUUAUGGGGGUUUGGUGACAAGUCAUGCCCACCCAUCAUUGCCCCCUUAGAAGGAGAACCUUCAGAAGUGAUGGAUGCUGAAGAAGAGGAACAAGAGGAUGAAGAAGGGAAGGGCCAAGUACUGGAAAACAGCCUCUCUGUUGACUCAUCCUUGCAGACAAACUUUGGAAAUCUAAACAUGGAAGAAAUUCCUCAGUGUGCUGACCUAAGGAGAAAAGAGGUACCAAAUGAAGAUGGAGCUGAUGAAAUUGUCAGAGAAGAAAACCCAGAUGUUUCUCAGGAGAUGGAAGACAGGAGUCCACAAGAACAAAUGGAUGUUUUGCUUCAUCAGUGCUUCUUCCAUGCCUUAAAAUGUAAAGUGAAGAAGUCAGAGCUCCCUUUGUUGGCCAGCAGCUUUCUGCGUAACUACAUGUUUUCAUGCUGUCCAAAUGGUCAGCAGCUCGACAUAAAGAAAUCCAGCUACAAAAAGUUCUCCAAGUUCCUGCAGUCGAUGCAACAACAGAAGAUCCUUCAGGUGAAAGAACUGAGUAAGGGGGUAGAGAGCAUUGUGGAUGUGGACUGGAGGCAUGACAGCAUUAGAUCCUUUGUAGUACCUGAAACAGAAGAAUCUGAAUUACCUGUCCAAGACAGUAGAAGUGGUGGUGGAGAACAGCCAUACCAUGCUCCUGAGAUCACACCACUCUAUGGCAUCUCAUCAAAAAUGGCUCCAUUGUUCCAGGAAUCUGGAUAUAAGAAAGGCCACACCCUAACCAGCAGUGAAGUGAGAAGCGCCAUCAUCAGUUAUGUGAAAACGAACGAGUUGGUUGAUGAAACCAACAAAAACUUUGUAAAGGUGAAUCCUGUCUUAUGUGACUGCCUGUUGAACAAAUCAGAGCAAGAUGAAAUCUCAAAGCUCAAAUGGGAUGAUCUACUGAGUAGGUGUCUGGACCAACUACAGACCUUCCAUCAGGUAACCUUUGCUGGACAUGAACCUAUUGUGAGAAAAGGAAAGAUAUAUCCCAUUAACAUGACCAUAGCACAGAGAUCAUCCAAUAAAAAGGUGACAAUAAUUACGAAUCUUGAGCUGUAUGGUCUAGACCCACAAGUUGUUGCCAACAUUCUCCAGCAAAAAGUUCAAGCUAGUGCCACUGUCAGCACAGUCCCAGGAUCCAAAGACAGAUUACAAGUCCAGAUACAAGGCAAUCAGAUCAACCACCUUGCUAAGCUGCUGCUAGAGGACUAUCAUAUACCUCGCCAAUAUAUUGAAGGCCUUGGGAAGGCGCCAAAGAUGGGCCGGAAGAAGUAGCAAAGCCUCAAGAUCAUAUACGGAGCUUAAUUAUUUAUACAUAUUAUAUUCAACAAAGUGAGUAAUCCAAUAGUUUUACCUGUUAAAAUGGUUUUCUAUUUAAAAGAUAAAAUAAAAAGAUUUAUCC